AUGGCAAAGUCGAUCCGCUCUAAGGUGAAGAAGCGUUUUAGAACAUGCAAGAGGCAGCUCGUCAGUGCUACUAUUGAUAAGAAGCGCCUUCAGAACACCAACCAGAGGCUUCGGGAGGUCGCCAGUGGGGUCUUUGUGAAGCCGACUACUCCUAAGAACGCCUUCCUAUAUCCGGAUGAUCCCGAGGCAGCUUUUCCUAAGGUCAUUGUGGCUAAGCCUUUGGACUUCCGGAGUGAAGCCAUGCCUCAUAGUGGUUACGCUAUCACUGGCAAUCGCAGAAAGUAUGUAGCCUCGGAGUUCGAGAGUAUCCCUCGUGUUGUUGUUGGUGAUGACAUCGGAGGCUCUGUGAGGGCCAAGCUGGCCUUUGUGCAGAAGCCCGACGAUGCCGAUAUCGAGAUGGAUGCCUCUCGAACCGUCCCUGAGCCUGUUCCCGCUACGGGCGUUAUAACCCAGGGCGAUUUAGCGAAGGCAGUUGAAAAGGAGAAGGGGGAAGGUAGUGACCUGUUGGGUUAUGUGGUAGACCGUAUUGGAAUA